AUGUCUCGGAACCAUCCAGAAGCGGUCUCCGGUACCCGAUGCCCGCCGUUCCCUGACGUCGCUUGCAAACUCCGGGCUAAUGCGACUGUUAUUCUCUCCUCCCUAGCGAGUUUCCAACCGUCGGAAGGCAACACGAAGCCCGCGGAGUUCAGCGACGAACUCCAGUCUCCAGUAUAUAUACAUGAGCAGGCCCACCCUCCUCUCACGGAGCAGAAGCUAUGCCAGGCCAUGAUUGUUACUAACAGACGAGCUGCCCCAUGCUCGAAGCUGGACAGCACGCAGAUGCACAGUGGUAUUGCACUCGCCGAGACAGACACGCAGGCAACGGGUAAUGCAAUCACUCGGAGCACGCGCACGAUAUACUAUGUCUCAUUAGAUAACAGCGAGCGAGGCUCACGCACAGCUCUCCGACGAACAAGGCUACACGGCACACGACCCACCACAGACGACCUAUCCCAGACUGGACAAACGGCGCAGAGGCUUGUCGUCCGCCAGGUGUAUUGGCGAACUCCGUCCUGGUCUCAAGUCUCCACCAUCGACAGCCGUCGUAUGCGUGUGUCCGGUCUGCAAGCGUACUGCAUGCUGCUCCCAGAAGCCCCACAUGGCAUCCGCGCACCGGCCCAAGCAAACGGUCCCCAUCCCUCUACGAGACAGAGCCGCAAGAGACCGUAUCUAGUACGCUCGUGCCCGUCAUGUUGGUCCCUCCCGCCCAAACUUCCUCUGCAUACCCCUCACGAACGACACGUCCAUCGCGCACUCCUCGGGUUCAUUCACGUCGGCUCGGUGACGUUGCUCGCUCGCAAUGUACGGCAACGGCUGGUCACGCACGAGGAAGGCGAUGUCUGCUGUCGUCCGCCGGACGUCUCGUUGCGUACCUCGAUUGAUGCCGAGAAGGAAACCACUCGGUCAACGUACCUCGUCUGCGCGUGA